UCGGAAGCUAAACUUCGUUGUAUUGCUUUGUGUUAUAGUUACGGGGCCGAAAUGGAAAAAAUUGUGGAUGCGGCGAAGGCGAUUCGUAGUGGUAAAAAUAUCCCGAUCGAGACUGCUACCAAGGCUUUCCGCUGUGCAGGUGUUGUUUGCGCCAAACAUCCACUUAUGGUGAGGGUAACUGGAAACACUAUUGUGGUCGGUCCUAUACGGGGUCACGCGCCAGAUUUUGCGAACUAUAUACUUACCACAAUUUUUUUCAAUGAUAACGUUGAGAAUAUUGUACUGCUAGGCAAUUAUAUUGAUGGUGCUCACCAAUCCAUAGAAGUGUUGUACCUGGUUGCUCUCCUUGUUUCUUAUUCAGGCAAGAACGUAGUGCCUCUCUUAGGAAAGCACGAGCUGCUGUACCCGACGCAGCCUAAAUUUUUUGGAUCUCUGCAAAAUGAACUUAUUCUACGCUCAAUUCACUCCAAAGUUAAUGUGGAAAUAUACGAGGAGGAGAUACGGAGUUUUUUUUCUACCUUACCAUUUGUUUGCGUGAUUGAUGAGCUUUUCUUCUGUGCUGCUGGUGGGCCUGCUUCAGGCUUUCGUUUACUUUCUCAAAUUGAAGCGGAGACCUCAAGAGAGGCACUUUGGGAGUUUGUCAUGAAUAAGCGAAUGAGCGAACACGAGGAAAUGGUCCUGGGGAAGAAUGUCUUUGUCGCCUCACAUGACGACCAGUCAUUUUUCUUUACCUUCAACGCGGCCUGCAACUUUAUUAGUCGUAAUAAUCUGGCGACACUGAUUGUGGGCAUGGAGUACCAUACCCACUGUCCUGACCGAAAUGACUUCACAAGAUCGAAUCCCAACGAAGAAUCAAUUUAUUUCCCAGGGUUUGUUAUUGAUAAAAUCCACCUUGAAACACGAAUUCCAGCCGUUAUAUCUAUCUUCUCUGCGCCUUACUUCUGUGGUAAUAAUCGCAACAACGCAUGUAUUUUAGAGAUCCUAAACAAGAGCCUGAGGAUACGAGAGCUUAAGGUGUACAGCGGACGACCUCUCAUCAUGCCUGGAAACCAGAAUCACGCCUUUUCUUGGGCACAACCGAUGCUUGAGAAUGCUGUGGCGAAAGUAGCACAUGAAUUGAUUUUCGGUCCAAUUUUUCAGCAACCGCUCUCCAAGGAGGAUAAUGAUUAUAGGAGCCAUGAGAGGCACGCUAGAGCGAAGAUGAAGCGCAUGUGUCAACUCCUAAAAUUAUUUAAUUUACCGCUCCCUAAAUUUCCUUGGAAUUAACACACUGAAUACCUCAAAAAUUUAUCUACCUAGGUAUCACUCGUUUAGUUCUCUUAAUGUGACUCUCAUUUAAUUAUCAACUUUUUUUUACCAUCGCUUGCAGGUGAAUUGUAAAA